CCUCGUUUGCUCUAACAGCAAGAUGGCCGCAACAGCAGAAGAAAGCAAUAACCGCUACUGCUUUGUAGUAGACUGGCACGAUGUGCAUGCAGAUAUUACCCGGUCGUACCAGCUGUUUUUCUACCCAGGAGAUCAGACGGCAGAAAUGUACGAUGUCAAACAACGACGUACAUUUCUCAGCCGUACGAGAGUUGACGCUAAAUUGCAAAAUUUGUACAUCGGGGCUGUUGUCGUUGUGAAUGCCCGGCAGCUGGUUGUCCGAGGAUACGGGGAUGAGUUCACUAGAGCUCAGUUGGAGCAGCGGAUGGAAAGAACAAUGCUCUUUAUCAAACCACAUGCCAUAUCGCGCGUGGGAGAAAUACUGGAUACGCUGUUAAAGAAGGACUUCAUAAUUUGUCGAUGUCGUAUGGUUCAACUUACUCGACGACAAGUUGAAGAAAUGGUUAAAGGCGAGCUGUCAGGAAAGCCUGGAUACAGCGAUAUCCUAUCAUCAAUGGAAUGCGGGCGUGCAUUGGCGGUGGAGCUAAUGAAGCCUCGCGCAAUUUCCGAUUUGCGAGAUUUGGCAGGACCAGAACUUGUACAAGACGCUAAACAAUCGCUACCGUCGUCACUUCGAGCCUUUUAUGGAGAGAAUGGACAUAAAAAUGGAGUCUAUGUACCGUCAUCACCGGACGGUGUAAAACAGGCCGUCGACGCCAUUUUCAACGAGUCGGCUUAUUCUCAGCUCGCGAGAACAGCCAGAUUCCAAGAUUGUACUCUGGCACUUAUUCGGCCACAUGCAGUUAAUGAUGGGCUCACGGGUCAAAUCAUAAUGGAAAUUACGAAAGCAGGAUACAACGUCACAGACAUGGAGCUAUUCCGGCUGGACAAGCCGAAUGCAGAGGAAUUUCUAGAGGUGUAUAAAGGAGUAAUAUCUGAAUACCAUCACAUGUUGGACCAACUGACAUCUGGUCCCGUCAUCGCACUAGAGAUAACAGGCAAGCCAAAUAUUGUAUCAGAGUUUCGCGAAUUUUGCGGGCCCAUGGAUCCAGAGCUUAGCCGCGUGCUUCGACCAAAUUCCCUACGAGCAAAGUUCGGCAUGGAUCAGAUUCAUAAUGCUGUGCAUUGCACAGAUUUGGAUGAAGAUGGCGUUCUUGAGGUCCAGUACUUUUUCCGUAUAUUGGCGAGUUGAGAUUUGUCCUUGGGCCAGCGACGGAGUUAGUAUGUUAUGAUGUACUGUUACUAUACUGUUGAAAUAGAUCGAUAAUGUAUUAUAAUAUGACAAGGGUAAUGGCAUA